UUGUCGCGGAAGUAAAAAGUCUACGUGGGGAAGAAAGGUUGGUCUGGCUGUGUUUGAACGCCUCAAAACCUACCAGCACCCAUGUCCAAUCCAGCUCCGUGCUGUCCCUGGUCGAACCAGUCCCCCUCCUCCUCCCCCGGGAGCCAAACCAACGCGUCGAGCGGCCUCCGGGGCGUAUAAAUGGUGCGGAGAGCGGAGCCGAGGCGGUAAUGCUGCGCCGGGUGCGGCGGCAGUCUCUCCGGCAGGUGCUGUUACUGAUGGCCCGGAGACCCGACCUGCUCUGCGGCGCGAUCGUGCUCAGCGUCCUGCUCGUGCUGGCGGUUAAGUUCACAUGCAGCCGCGCUAAGAAUGUGGUGGCAGCAGCUCGGCCUCCUGUCCGGUUCUUCUCUGCCGAGGCCCCGGUAGUGGACCUCUACCUGGGUCAGCUGGACCAGGUGGAACGUCUUAGGAGCAUGGCUGAGGUGUCUCUCAUUUUCUUUUACGCUCCUUGGUGUGCCCACUCCAUGGCAGCCCGACAGGAAGUCCAGCAGGUCGCCAAGAAGCUGGCCAAACAGGUGCAGUUUGUGGCUGUUAACUGCUGGUGGAGUCAGGGGAAAUGCAGGAGGCUCAACCGUUUCUAUCACUACCCCGUCAUCCAUCUGUUUUAUAGAAGGUUUGGGCCAAUCGAGUACAGAGGUCCAAUUGUGGCUCCAUAUAUCGAAAGUUUUGUCCUUAAAGUGAUCACACCAUUAACUUACCUCCCAACCAGAGCACAGCUUGAAGACUUCCUGUCCUACCAUGAGCCUGGUGUGGUCGGAUUCUUCCAGUUUAAUUCCUCUCCACAGCCACCAGGGUACAUCACCUAUCUGUCCUCUGCCCUGCAGGCCCUAAGAAGAGAUUUCCACGGCGUUGUGCGGUUUGGAGUUGUGACAAGCAAGCAUGUCGCAGAGGCCAUCUCACUGGAGGAGGAUGAGACGGUUUACCUGCACAGAAGAUUUAACUCUUCUUUGAUAUUUCCAAGGAAGGAGCGAAACUUUACGUCAGAGGCCAUCUGUAAGUGGGUGUUCGAGCACCAAGAGACGUUCCUCCAGUGGCUGCAGCCUCCAGGGACAAAGUCGCGCCUGCUGGAAGAAGAGUUGACGAAAGGCCCUGCCCUGCUUCUCUUUAUGCCCCACAAUCCCCUGCAGUCAGAACCAAGUGCAGUACUGCAGCAGUUUGCAGACAUUGCUGUUCGUUAUCACGCAUGUGAGCGCUCCAGCUCAGACGACCGCCUCCCCUCAUUCACCUCGCUGUGCUGCCAGUCCGUUCUUCUUCCAGAGACCAGAACUAGCGUGUGCGAGGUCUGCCUCAGACUGUCCGGGCCGAGCCUCCCCAGCUCCUCCAAGCCUUGCUCCUUCCCCUCCGUUUUACCACAAGGAGACCCAUUCGGGACUCGUCUUAGACACUGCUGCCUUCGUCAGCCAUCUUCUCCCAUUUCCAUAAAAACUGCAACCUCAGAGGGCUGUAGUCAUUUUGUGACCAGCUACAGUCCCUUUACUCUGUUCAGUGCCUGCUGUAAAACAGUAGAACCUCAGCUUAAUGAAUCUAAAGCCAAAGAAGAGCCCAGACCUCCGCUUGCUCCUCCGCCUCCCUCCAUCCCUCCACCCUCUGCUCCCAAGCAGGAGGAAGACGGCAUCACAGGGCUACAAUGUCGAACCAACAGGACUCUCAGGUUUUAUGUGCUGGAUGUCGGUCUCAACUGGCCCCUGGCAGCGCGGCUCGGAGCGUCGAGCCUCAGAAACUCGUCUCGACACCAAGAGGCUUUCACAGAGGGCGACAGGAACUGCGAUGGGUCGUUUGUGGCCAUCGUGAACCUGAAGGAUGAGGUUCAUUAUGUUCUUCAUCGCAGCCCAGCAGCCACACUGACAGAGGCUUUAGAGGCGUUCAUCAGGAACUUCAGCUCACCGCACAGCCACCUGCAGAGAUACCUGGUUGGAGAGGAUGACGGGAAGGGAGGUGAAGACGAAGCCAAGCGUCCAGAGGAAGAGCAGCAGCAGCCUCCUCCUCAGCGCCUCCUCAUCACAGAGUUGACCACUUCCUCCUUCGUGUCCGCCAUCAUGGACCAUCAGAAGGAUGUGCUGCUGUUCUACUACACUCAGUGGUGUGGGUUCUGCUCCGUCCUCAACCACGUCCUCAUCCAGCUGGCCAGACUGCUGCAGGGACACGGCACCAUCACCGUGGCCAGGGUGAACGUUGCUCGUAACGACCUUCCCUGGGAGUUCAUGGUGGACCACGUCCCUGCCAUCCUGCUGUUCCCCAGAUACAGGAAACAUCUUAGCGUGAAAUACCCCGACGACCUUCCCAUCACGCUACCAAACCUCCUCCGCUUCAUCCUGCAGCACUCCAGCUCGCUGCAUCAUCCCAACAGAUCCUCCGGCGGCGCGGUGGGGCCCGGACCCGGCGGCGUCCUCCGCGCAGAAUUCCUGGCCCUGCAGCGCGAAGUGCAAGCGCUGCAUCUCGCCCGCGAGCGUCUCUUGCAGCAGCUGGCCCAGCUGUGGCGCGAUAACCGGCAGCUGAAGUUUGACGCGCGCACCGUCGAGCAGAGCCUGGAGAGGCAGAUGCAGGAGAAGAGCCGGCAGCUCGCCGAGGCGCUCGGGCGGCUGCAGGAGCUGGCGGACGCCUCCGAGAGCCUGCUCAACGAGAACAUGCUGCUCAAGGUCCUGCUGAGGGCGCUGAAGGGCAGGACAGAGGGCAAAGAAGAGGCCGAGGCGGAGCGAGAAGAGGCGGCGCAGGAAAACAGCCAUCAAGCUUCCUGACUCCAACCCUGCAGGGACGAUGGGCCGGGACUCAGGAGUAGGAAACUGGGUUUGAAAAUGAAGGAAAGUCUGAAGGUGGAGAGGGGUAAAAAAAAAAGCUGUGAUUAGACUUUGAACGUGCAGAAAUGAGAGAAAUAUUUGCAUCUGGGAAGAGGAUGUCAUGUAAAACCUAAA